GCCCGCCUUAAAGGCGGCCCGGACCCAGUGAGCUGGUGUGGCGUUCCCUCCUGGCAUUCUAGCCCUCGCAGCCAUGAGCUUUUGGAUCAAGGGCAAAAGCUACUUAGUGGCAGGCUUGCUGCAGAACCAAGUGGCCAUCGUCACCGGCGGAGGCACGGGCAUCGGGAAGGCCAUCGUGACCGAGCUGCUGCACCUGGGGUGUAAUGUGGUCAUUGCGUCCCGUAAGUUUGAUAGAUUAAAAGCUGCGGCAGAUGAACUGAAGGCCCAUAUGCCUCCUGACAACCAGGCUCAAGUCACUCCCAUCAAAUGCAACAUCCGUAACGAAGAGGAGGUGAAUAAUUUGGUCAAGUCUACCUUAGAUAUUUAUGGUAAAAUCAAUUUCUUGGUAAACAAUGGAGGCGGCCAGUUUUUUUCUCCUGCUGAACACAUCAGUGCAAAGGGAUGGCAUGCUGUGAUUGAAACCAACCUGACAGGCACCUUCUACAUGUGCAAAACAGUUUACAACUCUUGGAUGAAAGGGCAUGGAGGAUCUAUUGUCAAUAUCAUUGUGCCUACUAAAAAUGGAUUUACGGGAGCUGCGCAUAGUGGAGCUGCCAGAGAGGGUGUUUACAACCUCACCAAAUCCUUAGCUCUGGAAUGGGCCAGCAGUGGAGUAAGGAUCAAUUGUGUUGCUCCGGGAAUGAUUUAUUCCCAGACUGCUUUUGACCACUAUGGUCCUUUGGCAAAAGACAUGUUUGAAGGGUACUUUGAGAAAAUCCCAGCUAAAAGACUUGGAGUUCCUGAGGAGAUCUCCCCCUUGGUGUGCUUCCUGCUCUCUCCGGCAGCUUCUUUCAUCACUGGACAGUUGGUGGACGUGGAUGGCGGCCAAUCUCUGUACACGCACUCAUCGGAGAUACCAGAUGGACCCUCCUGGUUGCAGGAUGGCUGCUGGCCACUCGUGAAGCUAUGUGCUUCUUUGUUCACAUCCAGCUGGACAGAGACAGAGGAUCAUGACAACUGGCCUGAGGGAACAGGGGACCUUUCUGUUGUCAAAAGGCUGAAGGAAUCUUUCAAGCAUAAAGCCAAACUGUAAGCUGAGGAAACAUGGAAGUGUCCUUUGUCCCCAAGUGCCUUAACAUCUCAAGAAUGCAAUUCUGUACUUUACAGAAGCUUACAAUUUUAUGGAAAAAUCACUUUCUGCUUUUUUUAAUGUUAUCAAUUACGUCUAUGCAAAAAUUAUUCCUGAAAUAAAUGCAUUUUUAAGUCCCAACCAAUGCCCUUUAGCCUGUGAUUAAACAAUUUUUUUAGAAUGAAAAUUAACAUACUUUAUGACUAUACUUUUCACUUCUAAAAGAGGUCUUUGAAAAGUGAAAUAAUUUCAAAUUAAUGAUAGAGGUAUCACGAUCUCCCAGAAGGUUUUAAUAUUUAAUUGUAAAAGUAGGCAGUAAAUCUAAAUUGUGGCAUCAUUAUAAUUUUUACAACAGAAAUAUGGAAUAACUCAUUUUUGGUGGCAAAUACUUUUGGAUCAAUAAAGCUUCAUGUAAUUA